CAAGGGUGGACAGCACACGCUUGCUCGAAACUGUCGGUCCUAGCAUUCACCUUCCGCUGCCUGAUUUGCGGUCAUGGCUUCGGGAGCUCCAGGAUCCCAAAAUGCCACAGAACAGAAGACACGGGCACCUAUGUCGCACACGAAAAUGAACAAGACUGAGUGCAUUCAGGAGCUGGGACAGAAGCCUGAUGAUCUUCCGGAGAUUCAGGGAAUCCAAAUUCAUCUCAGCCAGCUGUCUGUGCAAGAGCUUCGUAGUAUGGUCCAGUCACAGCGCGAGAGGUCCGGGCGCAUGAAUCCACGCCCAAUCAAGGAUGCUUUCCUCAAGCAGAUUGGAAGGGAUGUGUUGCCAGAACUUCGCAAAAAGUGCGAAGACCGUGGUAUUGAGAUGGGUCCAGAGCCAAGGGUGGCAGAUCUCCGUUUGAAGCUCCGUCAGUGGUACGCAAAUGAGGGCCCCGGGGCUGCAUCAUCAUCUGAUCCAUCGCCCGCGGAAUUGCAGCCAAACGUUGAGCCGCAAGAUGAUGAGGCGAGGAACUAUGGCUUCGAAGUGGUGAGUGCCUCAGCGCCAGCGCAGGUAUUUGAGCAAUAGUUACAUGAUGGAAGACUAUUGCUGUAAUUAGAUGCGAUUAGAAAGUCAUCUCCUUUAGUUCCUGGCUUUUAGAUGGCUAUAGCUCCAUUGGUUUGAGAUGCUUUAGCCUUGCCUUUAGGAUCGCUUUAGGGUUCAUGCUCAUUGCAAUUUGUCGCACAGGA